AUGGAAGUCGCCAAACUGAAGGAAGUAAAAAGGGAAGAGAGCACAGGAAGGAGGAAAGUAUAUUCUACAGAAGUAGAAGAAGAAAGGGGGAGUAUGCUCACACGUGUAAGAUCCCAAUCGAAGGAGAAACAAGGUUUUGCUAACAAGGAAAAUAACACAGAUGUGUCACUUGGGAAGAGUAGCAAUAUGAAGAAAUUAUUUAACGGCAUUUUAGGAAGCCAGAUGAAACAUGCAAAGAACGUUAUUGAAGGAGUGAAGGAACAUCUAAGAUGCACAGCAAAGGAAGCAUCCAAAAAUAUGAACUACCCCUUUUGUAAGUCUCCUUGUAACAUCGAUGAGCUUAAAAACACCAUCUACAUUAACGAGGGGGAAAUCGUCAUUAGGAAAAACGCGUAUAAAAAUUUAUUCAGCAGUAGGAGGAGAGACAACAAGGAGACGAAGGAGACAUCUGAUUUGAAGAAAAACGAAAAUGAAGAUAUUUUUUCUUGCAACACGAGGGAUAUAAUUUUUCGGGGGAGUCAUAACUUUGGGUUUCAUGUCGAGCUCUCUUGUGAGGAAGAAGGAAAUAAAAUUAUCGCCUAUGCGUACGAUAGGGAUACUAGGAAAAGGAUUCCUUGUGUUUAUCGUUGGACACGCAUCUACUGUGAUAAAAGGUGCAAUGCUGUUAGUCGUAGUUUUGCUGACUCAGGUAUCGCUGGAGGGGGUAGCACCAUUGAAUCGAUUGACACCGUUGGUAGUGCUCCAGAUGGGGGGAGCCACCAUGACAUAGCGCAGUAUGGCAGCGAGUACGAGUUAACUUGCGAUGAUAUAGGACUCAAAAUUUGUGUCGAGUGUUCCUACUUGAAUGAUGCACAGUUGAUAGAAGGCACUCGAUGUAGGGAUCCUCGGAACAGAGAGGGGACCUCGGUAGGAAGUCGGUACGAGAGCGAUGCGAGUGUCGAUAGUAAGCAUGCUGACCACUCACGUUGCAGUGAUGUGCAGCUAUAUAACGACGCUUCCUCAUUUAAGAAUAGCUUCACGGAUAGUAAUGACCGAGACGGGUCAGGAGUGUAUUCACAUGACACAACUGCAUUCCGACGUGGAGAUCGAAGCAGUGGUCCGUCCCGCUCGUCAAGUCGCGUCCCUCCCACGAGCACCAACCAUCAUAUGAGUAGGACAAACGAAAGAGGAAACCUCCACAGCAUUAAGAAAGAACGAUUUAAUUUGGAUCCAUACGAAUCAUCCCUGAAGGAAAAGAAUUACAUACGUGCUCCCCUCGAAAAGAGUGACCAUGUCUCCAGCAGCUUCCCCCUCUCCUGUGAGAAGUAUUGCGGAGUGGCAGUGGCCGAAGUAGGACCAUUCAGUCUAAACGAAAAAACGAAAAGAAUGCUGCAAACAGUCAUACAAAAUGAUAUCAUAAGGUAUCCAAUAUACCUUGUCCGGAAGAGUACCCAAACUGAUGAUAAGGUUGGAAAAUAUUAUCGAGAGGAGGACUCACUUAAUCUCAUUCCUUCAGGUGCAAAACAGAGAGUAAAACGUUUCGAUACCUACAAUGACUGCACAAGCGUAGAUGAAAACAGCCUAAGCUCAAACGUAGAGAGUGAACAGGACGAUCACCUACACAUGCUUCAUAUCCACAAAAAUGAGAUCAAACUAGUCAGUCAAAGUAACAGAACCACACAGAUGUGGAUUCACAAAUUCAGUGAUAUUUAUCCCUAUGUAGAGUUUGUUCGUCAUAAGGAUAGUAUCAAUAGCGAGUUUUUUCUCCACACCAGCGACUCAGAAUACUAUGUGUGCAAAUGUCUGCAGAAAAGACAUCGAGAUUUAAUUACUAUCAUACUGAGGUACAUGCAUGCCAAUUUGCAGAUACUUAAUGAGUACAUUUUUAACAAUAUCAAUCAGAGCUUUCAAAAUAAAAAAACGAAGAAUAUAUUUGACAAUGUAGAUGUAAAUUCCAUUUUGGAAAAUGUGAACAGGGAGCUUCUCACUCAUCGAAAACUCAACCACAAGUACCUGCAGAAGAUAAAGAAGCUGCGUGGAGAGAAAAAUAUGCUAGAGGAGGAUCUGAAGAAUACCAUCGAGGCGUUUCAGACUCAGCUUGACACCGUGAAGCGCUUCAAAGACGAAAACGAGCUAAUCAAAACGAAUGAACACCUGAUGAAGGAAAUAAAGCUGUUACAGGAUAAGUAUAAAAAUGUGGACUUGUUUUUUAAGAACAAGUACAAGCUCCUACUGAACGAUAUCGAACGGUAUAAAAAAUUGGUGGACGAGAGAAAGACAAAGGCCAUCUCGCAGGAAGCAGAAACGCUACGGGCAAAACUGGAGGCCGUUGAGCAGGAAAAGAACGAGCUGCGAAGAGAGACCGUUAAGAUAAACAGCUAUUACCAGGACGAGAAAAGAAGCAGAACGGAGCUGGAGAGUCGGCUGGAGGACCUAAGUUUGAAGAUGGAGAGUCUGAACAAAUCCCUGGAGGUAUAG